AUGAUCUGGUCAAACCCAGAGCUUGCUUACGAGGAGCACCGCGCCCAUGAUACGAUUUGUGACUUCCUCGAAGGACAAGGCUUCACCCUUACUCGCCACGCCUAUGGGCUUGAUACCUCUUUUGAGGCUUUGAGUGGAACUGGUGGGCGAUUGAUCAAUUCCAACGCAGAAUAUGACGCAUUACCUGGAAUCGGCCAUGCCUGUGGUCACAAUCUAAUAGCGACAAGCAGUAUACCUGCGUUUCCUGCGCUGUCAUUUGCCGUAAGGAAAUUUAACAUCCCUGGUAGAGCCCAGCUGUUAGGCACACCGGCUGAGGAAAAUGGAGGCGGGAAGGCCCACUUCAUUGAUGUCGGCGCUCACAAGAAUUCAUCCCGGCGCCAAAAUAUUCAUCCCGACCAAGAGCCAUCUGAUGGCAUAGCUGGAACGCCUACGAACGCGCACAACGACAUUCACUGCGAAUUCGCAGGUAGGAAUGCUCAUGCUGGUGGAAACCCGUGGGAGGGGAUCAACGCGCAUGAUGCUCUGGUCUCGUCUUACAACGUUGCGGUUCUUCGACAGCAGCUUCUUCCGGAUCAGCGUGUUCAUUGUGCUUUCUUGGAUACACCCAAGGUAGCUAACGUGAUACUGGAUUACACGAAAGCUUUCUGGCAGGUGCACAGCCCUACCUUGAAGGGGUUGAACACCCUUGUUGGCAAGAUGCGCGAUUGCAUUGAAGCUGAUGCGUUGGCUACUGGAUGUCAAGUCAAGAUUGAGGAGUAUGUAUCCACUUAUGGGCUACCUGCCCACCUACCUAGACGGAUGCUUGAGGGAAUGGUUACUAAUAUUAUCGCUUCAAGAGAUGAACUCUAUACAGAUGUCCGAUUGAAUGACACCCCCUGUGAACGCUACCAUGUCCACAUGGGGCGGUAUAGCCGUAAUGUUCUCAAGCGCCAUGACAAAGUCCUAACAGGAUCGUCAGAUAUUGGUAUGCGGUCGGAUAAUAUUCCGUUUGAUUGA